CUAACGUGAGCCAGGGUUGCCAAGGAGGGUGUGCUACAUGUUCUGACUACAAUGGAUGUCUGUCAUGUAAGCCCAGGCUCUUUUUUGUUCUGGAGAGGAUUGGCAUGAAACAGAUUGGAGUCUGUCUUUCCUCAUGUCCAAGUGGAUACUAUGGGACACGGUAUCCUGACAUUAAUAAGUGUGCAAAAUGCAAAGCUGACUGUGAUACCUGCUUCACCAGAAACUUCUGCACAAAGUGUAAAAGUGGGUUUUACUUAUACAGCGGAAAGUGCCUUGAAAAGUGUCCUGAUGGGCUAGAAGCCAACAAUCACACGAUGGAGUGCACUAGCAUCGUGCACUGUGAAGCUAGUGAGUGGAGUCCAUGGAGCCCUUGCACAAAGAAAGGAAAAACAUGUGGUUUCAAAAGAGGAAAUGAAGUAAGGGUCAGAGAGAUCGUACAGCAUCCAUCAGCAAGGGGCAAUCCUUGCCCAGCUACAAGCGAGAGCAGAAAAUGUAUUGUACAAAGAAAGAGAUGUCAGAAGGAAGGAAAAG